CUGUUUCUCGGGGUUAAAGUGAAGUGCCGCACGAACGCUGACGUCGACUUUCAUCCACAGCAGCAUAAUGGCCGCGUCGGUAGCAAUCACGCCGACAAAUCGGACCGCCUCUAGGUUGUCAAAAACACAGAUGGUUCAAAGUAGGUCCACUGUUUUGGAAAGGAUUGCUGUGUUGAUUUCAUUAGCCUCCUUGUUGCACUGUGCUACGGCUGACGGCAAGACGCUGGUCCUGCUGGACAACGUCAACAUCAGGGACACACAUUCAAUCUUCUUCCGCAGUCUGUCAGAUCGUGGCUUUGAUCUUACAUUCAAGACUGCCGAUGACCCUUCACUUUCUCUAAUCAAAUAUGGCCAAUUCCUGUACGACCAUCUCAUCAUUUUUUCACCGUCUGUUGAAGACUUUGGAGGAAAUAUCAAUGUGGAGACCAUUACCUCAUUCAUUGAUGGAGGAGGAAACGUCUUGGUUGCUGCCAGUUCUGAUAUAGGUGACCCACUAAGGGAACUGGGGAGUGAGUGUGGCAUUGAGUUUGAUGAGGAGGGGACGGCCGUCAUUGACCAUCACAACUACGACAAGUCUGAUCCCGGAGAGCACACAUUGAUUGUUGCUGACCCAGAGAACCUGCUGAAAGCUGCAACCAUUGUUGGUAAAGACGCCAAUAAACCUGUGCUGUUUAAGGGUGUUGGCAUGGUGGCUGACCCUGACAACCCUCUUGUUCUUGACAUCCUCACUGGCUCAUCAGCGGCCUAUUCAUUUUUCCCUGACAGACCCAUUUCUCAGUAUCCCCAUGCUGUGGGCAAGAAUACCCUGCUGAUUGCUGGCCUGCAGGCCAGAAACAACGCCAGAGUGGUUUUCAGUGGCUCGUUGGACUUCUUUAGUGACGGCUUCUUCACCUCUGAUGUGCAGAAAGCCGCACCUGGAUCUCAGCUACACGAGCAGACGGGCAACAUGGAACUGGCUGAGGCUCUGUCUCGCUGGGUGUUUAAAGAGGCUGGCGUCCUCCGGGUGGGUGAAGUUAGGCAUCAUCCUGUGGGAGAGGACACGCCUCCCGCAGCAUACACAGUCACCGACCUUGUGGAAUACAGCAUUGUCAUCGAGAUGCUGUCUGAGGGUCGCUGGAUUCCUUUUGAUGGUGACGAUAUUCAGCUGGAGUUUGUGAGAAUCGACCCCUUCGUCAGGACUUACCUUAAGAAAGAUGAUGGGGAAUACAGCGUCCAGUUCAAGUUGCCCGAUGUGUAUGGAGUUUUCCAAUUCAAGGUGGACUACAACCGACUGGGAUACACCCAUCUGUACUCCUCCACAUAGGUGUCAGUGCGUCCCCUGCAGCAUACGCAAUAUGAGCGCUUCAUCCCCUCUGCCUUUCCGUACUACGCCAGUGUCUUCUCCAUGAUGUCAGGACUCUUUGUCUUCAGCAUUGUCUUCCUGCACAUGAAGGAAAAGGAAAAGUCUGACUAAUUUGGGAGGAACGGAGGAAACGAUAAAUGACACCAGUGAACUUUAAAAGCAACUUGAAAUUUGAAUCAGUUUAUUGACACUCAAGUAAGUGGCUGGUGGAAAAUCUGAAAUCUGUUAAUGUUACUUUAUAUUUGGUUGUGAAACAUUUUCUGUAUAAAGUAAUUGACCCUUUCACAAUGUGGUGGACACAUGCACUGAACAAAAAGAUGCCAACUGGUAAUUUGUCUAACGCCUUUUUUUUUUAAACAAUAAAAUACUGACAUUCCACAUGGAACGGUACAACCAA